UGAGCUGAUCUAAAAGACACACACUCAGCAUAAUGUAAGUAGAAAUGAUAGGUUAUCAUUGCUUUGAUAAGGUUUGUUUGAUUUGUGAUGGUGUUAAAUAAUUAUAAUAAGAGUGAUUUUUAUAGAAAUAGACGUGUAAUAACAUCGUUUACAAACUUUCUUUUAAAGUAUUACAAUAUAUUGCAAGAGGGAUGAGUACUUAAGGUUUUUAAUGUGAUGACACUGACUGUAUGUCUGUAUUUCAGGUUUUUAAUGUGAUGACACUGACUGUAUGUAUGUAUUUCAGGUUUUAAUGUGAUGACACUGACUGUAUGUCUGUAUUUCAGGUUUUUAAUGUGAUGACACUGACUGUAUGUCUGUAUUUCAGGUUUUUAAUGUGAUGACACUGACUGUAUGUAUGUAUUUCAGGUUUUAAUGUGAUGACACUGACUGUAUGUCUGUAUUUCAGGUUUUUAAUGUGAUGACACUGACUGUAUGUCUGUAUUUCAGGUUUUUAAUGUGAUGACACUGACUGUAUGUCUGUAUUUCAGGUUUUUAAUGUGAUGACACUGACUGUAUGUCUGUAUUUCAGGUUUUUAAUGUGAUGACACUGACUGUAUGUCUGUAUUUCAGGGUUUAUCUUGCAGGGUUGGUUGGCUUGCUGCUCAUCUUGACUGCUGAAGCUAGAGUUGGGAACUCCUCUGAGUCUAGCUUCUGUACCGAGACCAAGGAAUGUCUGCUCUAUGAUCUGGUUUGCAAGAAUGAUGAUUAUGAGGUGCGCCACUAUGACUCAGUGAAAUGGGUGUCGACAGACGAGGAAGCCUACCUCAUGGACAAGGCAAUAGUCACCUCAUUCAUGAGACUCUUCAAAUACAUCACCGGAUCCAACGAGGCUGGCGUCAACAUUGACAUGACAGUUCCGGUGAUUGUCAAAAUCGAGGAGACGAAGAGGAUGUCGCAGUCAUCUGUUUACACCCUCAGCUUCGUCCUGCCAUCUGCCCAUCAGAUGACUCCUCCCCAACCCACUGAUGACAAGAUAAGGCCCAAUAGACCCCUACACCCUAUGCCCUAUGCACUUGUGGAGAUCUGAGAGGAUUUGAUUGGUUUAAGCAAUAUGGUGAAACUUCCACUUAGCCCAUCAGAGGGUAAGGUGGCGCUAUUACCAUAUUGCUGACUGUCAAAAACGUGUCAACCUGACAAGUGCAUAGGGUGUAGGGUCAAGGGGUCCAUUUGGGAUUGGCCCUAACUCUCUUUAUAACUGAUUUUAACCUGGACGCCUCAGAUCUGUAAAUUCUGUAUAGCCAACUCCUACAUGGUCGUUGUCAUUGCAUGUUCACUCUGUGUCACCAAGUACAGUCAUUCCGCGCAUGUACAGAAUAUGAUUGUCUAUCAGACCUGGGUUCAUGUAGUAUAUCUUUAAAAUACUUUGAUUCAGCUUUUCUAGAGUGCCAGAUGGGUGGGGUUUGCACUUUUGGGACUAUUCCACUAGUGCCAUUGUGCAAGACAAGCUCAUUCGAGCACAGCUAAAGUAUUUGAAAUAACACAAAUACUAUUUGAACCCAUGUCAGGUAUGUCAUCAAUUUUUUUUAAGACUGCUGGCUAAUGAUCUUUAUGCCAUUGUGAUUUCCCUGUGCAGGUGUACUUUACAGACGUGUCAGAUAUGAAAGUGUACGUGAGGAGCUACGGCGGAUGGAUGAUGUCUUUGACAUCCAGCAUAAACUCCAUGCUGCUGAAAAGGCAGCUAGACAAAGUCCAGGCCACCUACAACAAAGACUACCACUACACUGCGGGAUAUGACAGACCAAGCAAGAUUCUGAACAGGCACAACGAGGUGUGGUACAUGGUUGAGGGAGACCCUGUGUGCCCUGAGCCAAUUACCUACCCCUAAACAUCCUCCUUCACUACCUCUGUGUCUGGCAUUACCAUGGUCAGGAGGAGCACUGGGAGGUGCAUGGUGGACUGAGAACAUCUGAGGAAAUUUGGUUUGGGAUUAACAAGGAUAUUAACUAAGAGAUGUGUCUCGGAUCCGGUGGCACUAUAAUCCAAAACCAACAUGCCACACUCUUAGUUGUACAUAGUGUACAGUAUACACACUGUAUGUCUUAGAAUUUGCUCAUGCAUAUUGAGGGUUUGAUUUGUUAGGGAUGUGCCUAGCCGCCCCUAGCUCCAUUGUAAUUCCAACCAUGUACAUGACAUGUUCUAACGAUGUGGAGUGAAUGUAGACAGGGAUGUUUUUGUACUCAAUUGUGUACUGUAUUUGUUUUGACUAAAUAACUGGGUCCGUUUGUCAAAAGGGAAGCUACUUUUCCUAAAUUACAACAUUCAAUAUUGAACAUGAUUUUGAUGUUUAAAAUAUAUAUAGAUUUUUUCAAUAGAAUAUAAAUAAUAAUAAUUUGGUGGGUGCUUAUAUUUGUCCUGUUUCAAAAAACUGGACAAAAUUUCCGCUAAUUUCUUCAACACUCCAUCCAAAGUGGGUUAUGCACAUGCUAC